CGGCCUGAGAACGUAAGUGCUUUAGAAAUGGCUGUCAUCACAAAGUACAAGAUUAUCCACUCGAUAUCUUUAUCAUCUUAAAGUUUUAGACCUGCAGAAAUGGUCCGCUACUCGCUCGACCCCGAGAACCCGACUAAGUCAUGCAAGGCUCGGGGCUCCAACCUUCGUGUCCACUUCAAGAACACUCGUGAGACGGCUCAGGCCAUCAAAGGCAUGCACAUUCGCAAAGCCACCAAGUACCUGAAGGACGUCGUGGUCAAGCACCAGUGUGUUCCCUUCCGCCGUUACAAUGGGGGUGUUGGCCGCUGUGCACAGGCCAAGCAACAUAACUGGACUCAAGGACGAUGGCCUAAGAAAAGCGCAGAGUUCCUCCUCCACAUGCUGAAGAACGCAGAGAGCAAUGCUGAACUGAAGGGUUUGGAUGUGGACUCUCUGGUGAUUGAGCAUAUCCAGGUGAACAAGGCCCCUAAGAUGCGCAGGCGUACCUACCGUGCCCACGGACGCAUCAACCCCUACAUGAGCUCCCCCUGCCACAUUGAGAUGAUCCUCACUGAGAAGGAACAGAUUGUUCCCAAACCAGAGGAGGAAGUCUCUCAGAAGAAAAAGGUUUCCCAGAAGAAGCUGAAGAAGCAGAAACUCAUGGCUCGGGAGUAAAUGUAAAUAAAUUCCAACAUUUGAACUACAA